AUGAUUGCCUCUCUACCUGAUAAAGUGUUUGCCAACUUAAAUAGUCUUAUUGAGCUGUAUUUAUCUUCAAACAGGAUUUCCUCUCUCCACAAUAACGUGUUUGCCAAGUUAGCAAGACUUUAUUUGCUGGAUUUAUCGUCAAACAGGAUUUCUUCUCUGCCUGUUGCAGUAUUUACCAACCUAAGGGGCCUUCGUCAACUGGAUUUAUCUUCAAAUAUGAUCACCUCUCUUCCUGAUAAAGUGUUAGCGAACGUGAAAUAUCUUUGGUACCUAUUACUAAAUGAUAAUCGCUUACAGCAUGUGCCAUAUCAAGCCUUCUAUCACAUGAACCAUUUAAAACUGCUAACACUGUCUGACAAUCCGAUAGAAAAAAUUGAGCCGAAGGCAUUUGGUCUCUCUUAUCAUGAAUUAAAAAUAUUUCUUCUACGAACUUCAUUGAAAACGAUUGCCUCUGACAUCUUUUCAAGCAAUCACCCUCAAGAUUUUCGAAUCAAUCCUCUUGAAACACACGACGAAGCCAUCACAGUUCCUUCAACAGUGUCUCCAUCUGUUAUAUCUUUUCUACAUAAAGUGGGAUUCAGAAAGACAGCCUCUGAAAGUAACUACUUCAUAUUUCUACCCUGUCCUUUGGGUACAUUUUCACAUCACACCUUGUUUACCUCGGAACUAGAUUCAGAUAUCUGCUCAGAUUGUCCACCAGGUGGAUUUUACUCUGAUAAUCUUGCCUUUGUGGCGAAAGGCUGUAAGAAAUGUCCGAAUGGGUCUUACGUUGCAUAUGACAAGAAACCUGGAAAAUCAGUGUUAGAUUGCAAGACUUGUCCUCUGGGAACAGAAACUGACUUUUUCGCUGGACAUCGAGCUUGUCCAUGCUUAAAAGGUCAUUAUCGAACCCACUUAUUUGAGGGAUGUCGCGAAUGUGGUAAAGAUGGACUUGUUUGCCAGAAAGAAUAUGCCUCUUUGAGACCUGGUUAUUGGUGGCAAUGGCGUAACGAUUCUUACAAACGUCGUUAUCAAGAUUUUAUAAAAAAUCUCGUGGAAUCUAAACCAGCAUUAGAUGAGCAUUCUGUGCAGUAUCCUUAUACACUCCCAACGCCGUAUAGGUGCCAAGUACCAGAGUCCUGUAAGGGUGGAUUGGACUCACCAUGUGCAGAUGGGUAUGAGGGACCUAUUUGCUCCGUAUGCAGCUCUGGAUACUACAAGCAAUUCCACAGAUGCAAAAAAUGCCCAUCAAAAUCAUGGAUCGUGGGACAGUUAUCUCUUGUUGCUGUCAUUUUAUUAAUAACAUUUUCUCUGUUGGCAUGGAAGAGGAAAACGAAGCUUAAAACAGAGCGUGCUCUCGAUCUUAUGGACAAAUCCUUAUCCAAAUUUAAAAUCUUGAUAGGAUUUUACCAAGUCACUCAUGGCUUACUAGACGUUUUCUCCUAUAUUAGCUGGCCAGACUCGUUAGAAGUUGUUGCAAGGUAUUCAGGAAUACUGCAGAUGAAUUUGCUUCAGGUGGCACCCAUUCACUGCCUUUUUCCAGGAUUACACAUGAACGCGUUUGGAGACUUGUUUCUAAUCUUGUCAUUGAAUGCAAUUGUCAUCAUCGCUUCGGGUUUGAUCUUUGACAUUCGCAAGAUGAUUAUCUUUGGCAAUAAAAGCUUACUUGACGAAGAAAAGUUAGCCAAAACUUCACAACUGAAAGAAAUCGUGUUCAAAAAUCUGUUUUUCAUCCUUUAUGUGACUUAUUUGACUUCGUUUUCAAAGACAGCCAGUGUUCUGCCACUUGCUUGCCGUAAACUGUGCAAGGACAAAAAUGAACAGCUGUGCAACGAGUACCUCAAAGCAGACUACAGCGUGAAAUGCCAAGGCCAAAAAUAUGACCAAUUGCUAAUUGUAGCCUACAUUUCCGUUGCGUACAUCUUUGCCCUACCUGCUGCGUCUUUUGUCGCCCUUUGGAGGCAUCGGCGAGCAAUAUCAACCACAGUAAACUGUGAUGGGUCACACGUUGACAAGGAAAUCGUUGGAGGUCUGCGGUUUCUUUUCGAAAACUACAAACCGUGCUCAUGGUAUUGGGAGCUGGUUGAAAUGUCUCGGAGAGUAAUUCUUACCUCUGGCCUUAUUCUCGUGGGUCAUGAAAGCAGGUCCUACAUUGGUCUGGCAUGGGUCGUGGCUGGUGUGUAUGGAAUUCAUUUCUCUUGGAUGAGACCCAUACAGGACCCAUUCGAAAACAGAUUAAUGACCACUUCCCUCGCUGUUACAGUUGUCAACUUAGGUAUCGGUGCUGUCAGCAAAAUUCCAGCAGAAAAUAUAUCGAACGCCGAGGAUAAACACAUGGAUGCCAUUUCAAUGAAGAUACUGAUUCUUGGAGCAAAUACUCUCGUGAUUGGGCUUCUCGUUGUUCAAUACCUGGUGUACGUAUAUCAGUACUUCAAAGAGUGGCGUAAGAACCCGCAAUGGUCCAUCUCGUGCUGCUUGGCCGUGCUCCUUCCUCUUAAUGAUUUGCAUGGCGAAAUUCGCGGUAUGGUUGGAAAGAACAUGCUUAAAGCACAGCUUCAGACAAGUAUGAUUAGAAAACCUUCCAUUGCAAAAGACCGUGGAACUCUGAGUUUCACUCUGUCUCUAGGAGAACGUAGAGGUAAUGACGAGAAUACAACAAAUUCACUUGAGCAAAACUUGAUGGUAAAGAAACAUCGCAAGUACCGCCGAAUAAUGAAGAAUGACCAUGGGACACAAACAGAGGCCACUUCGCCACCGAUUGUUACUUCUCGCGGGUUAUUGGAACCAGCAUACAUCUUUGUGAUUCGACACAGCCCUCUAAACAUCAGCUCGUCACCGGCUGAACCCGAGAGUGUUCCAUCAGCAAUAUGGAAUGAAACGAAAUUUACAUAG